AUGAGUUAUUACGGUGGAUUGGGCCCUAUGACCAACGCGGUCCUCUGGGUGGAGGUGGUGGUCUUUGCUCUCUUUGUGGGGCUGAGACUUUAUACUCGAAAGUUCAUCCUGAGCGCCAUCGGGCUUGACGACUUUCUGGUCGUUCUUGCAUUGGUUCUCCAUAUAGCUUACACUGCCUUCGUUACCGUGGGGACUGUCUAUGGUCUGGGGAGGUUGUUUGCUGAAGUGGGUGAUCCGGUCAUAUACUUCACAGCGGUCAAAUAUGAGCUCUUCAGUCAGGUCGCUGGAAUCAUGGUCAUCGGGGUGGGAAAGAGUGCCGUUGGUGUCUUCCUCCUCCGAAUCGUGAGAAACAAGAUCCAGAUUUGGAUUAUCUGGGGAUGUCUUGCAAUCACCGCCAUCAUCACGCUUUUUGCCAGCAUUACUGUCAUCGUGCAGUGCAUUCCAGUUGAGAAAUCCUGGAAUCCCACAACACCAGGUCAUUGCUGGCUUGACUUUUCUAAAGUUGGCUAUACUGUCGGAUCAUGGUUCGUCGCCGCCGACUUCGCCUUCGCAAUCCUGCCGUGGUUUGUUGUCUGGGAUCUAAACAUGAAGCAAAAGGAGAAGAUCACCGUUGCCUGUGGUCUUAGUCUUGGAAUAUUUGCUGGAAUUUGUGGUAUCAUUCGUACCAAAGCCCUUGCUGGCUUGAACGCUUCAGAGUAUAUAUACGAUACAGUGCCAAUGCUUAUUUGGUCAGCCACCGAAAGCUGCGUCACUAUAAUGUGCUCGUCGAUCCCCGUUCUACGUCCACUCUACGUGCGCAUCAAGUAUGGAAAGGAUGGCAAGAGCAGUUCUUCUUCGGGCAACACGUCCUACAAGAUGCCGAUGUAUGGCAGCAAUCGAAAGUGGGGCAAAUUCAACAGAUCCGACAUCGAAUCUUCUGGAGAAACGGAUGAUGUCUCGUACCAGACAACCGUCAUGAAACACGGUCCCAGGAACUCGAGUGAUGAGAACAUCCUACGUGGUGCAGCUGGUAUUGAGAGGACUGACGAGAUUUCGGUCAGCUAUGAGCAAUAUGGGAAGAAAACCUAG